GGGCUCCUCCCCAGGCGGCGCCCCGCAGCCCAGAGGCGCAGCAUUUCUUCCUCUCCCCCCUCUGUGGUUGGCUGGCGGAACUCGCGGCCACAAGACCCAGCGAAGAACGCAGCGCUUCGGGGAUGACGGGAGGGAAGGAGGGAGAGUGUCAGGAGGCUCGGCGACCCCAGCGCUGUUCAUGACAGCCUCCACCACCACCACCCGCUCUGUCGUCUUAAAUGCUGCGGGGGGGGGAGCAUGUUUUGGCCAAGAUUGGGUGGAGCGGGAGUGAGUGGGCUGCACUUUGAGGGUUUGUCAACAUGUCUGAAAGAGCCGAGAGCCUCCACUUCAAGUUCGACAACUACGGUGACUCGAUGCUGCAGAAAAUGGACAAGCUGAGGGAAGAGAAAAAGUUUUGUGACGUCACAGUAUGCAUAGAUGACCUUGAGGUUCAUGGCCACAAGAUCGUCUUUGCCGCUGGUUCCCCCUUUUUAAGGGAUCAGUUCCUGUUGAACAACUCCAGAGAAGUAAGAAUCUCUAUCCUGCAGAGCUCGGAGGUUGGGAGGCAGCUGCUUCUGUCCUGCUACAGUGGCAUCUUGGAGUUUCCGGAGAUGGAGCUGGUGAACUACUUGACGGCAGCUAGCUUCCUUCAAAUGAGCCACAUCGUGGAGCGCUGCACACAGGCCCUGUGGAAGUUCAUCCGGCCAAAACAGCAGCUUGGAAACAAAGAGGAAGCGGAGCAACCUCAGACCGACUCUUCAGUGCUAAAGGAGCACCCAGGGGCAGGGAGGGAGGAAGAAGAGGACGAGGACUCCUUGCAGCCAGAUUCUCCUUGCAUCCAACCUUCUGAGAACAGCCUGGACAUGGAUGACAGCGACAUCCAGAUCGUGAAGGUGGAGUCCAUUGGGGAGGUUACGGAGGUCAGAAGCAAGAAGGACCAGAGCCAGUUUAUUUCCUCGGCGCAGCAGAGCAGCCUCCAUUCGUCAGAGCCCCAGCAUUCCCUCAUCAAUUCCACCGUGGAGAACCGAGUGGGCGACCUGGAGCAUGGGCAGCUCCACAACUACGCCCUCUCGUACGCGGGGGGUGACAGCCUCAUAAUGACUUCCAAAGACACGUUUGGCCCCAGCAACCGGGGGGUGGACAAAGGCCUCCAGUGGCACCACCAGUGCCCCAAGUGCACGCGCGUCUUCCGGCACCUGGAGAACUACGCCAACCACUUGAAGAUGCACAAGCUCUUCAUGUGCCUGCUGUGCGGCAAGACCUUCACGCAGAAGGGCAACCUCCACCGGCACAUGCGGGUGCAUGCAGGGAUCAAGCCCUUCCAGUGCAAGAUCUGCGGGAAGACCUUCUCGCAGAAGUGCUCCUUGCAGGACCACCUCAACCUGCACAGCGGAGACAAGCCCCACAGGUGCAACUACUGCGACAUGGUCUUUGCCCACAAGCCCGUCUUGAGGAAGCAUCUGAAGCAGCUCCACGGCAAGAACAGCUUUGACAAUGCCAACGAGAGGAAUUCCCAGGACAUCACCGUGGACUUCGAUUCCUUCAGCUGCAGCUCGGGGGUGGACUCGAAAGGCGGCCAGCAAGCUGACGCCAGCCAGGUGCUGGAUGCCGGGCAGCUGGCACAAGCGGUGCUCAGUUUACGGAGUGAAAGCACCUGCGUGAACUGAAAUGGGUGCCAAAAUGUCUGUCUGUGAGCACUGGAGCGGGGAGAGCCGUAAAGAGCUGCUUUGGGCCUUGACUCAGGCAUCAGCCCCAAAGUCUCUGCCAGAUGAGCUGCCUGGAGCUGAACAAAAACUGUAGCAUGUCAUCCGCUCCUGCCCUAGAGUGGGUUAAUGUGUUUGGUGACUCCAAGCGUCUUUGUCCCUAUGGUGGAAAGAGCAGAGUUGGCGUAGGCCUGCUUCCUUUGAUAGUUAGCAAAUGCAGCACUGGCUGACCCCCUUUUUCAAAGGGUAGUUGGAGUGGGCCACUGAGAAGCAGUUGCCAGUUUGUGGGCCGAGGGGGUAAAUGCAGGUAACGUCCCAUCCCCGAUGAGUUUUUAAGCUGGGGAAAAAACCCUGAGUUCUUUUUUGGGGGAAAGCACUGGAUAAUUAUAAGCUCUUAAUAUUUGUUAGUCCAUCUGCAAUUUUUUAAAAUGUUUUUGUUACAUGCCUUCAAGUCGAUUAUUGUUUAUGGCGACCCUAGGUGUCUUUUUUUGGAUGUAUUCAUAGGGUUUCCAUGGUAAGAGGUAUUCAGAAGUGGUUUACCAUUGCCUUCCUCUAAGCCUACGGCACCCAGUAUUCCCAGGUGGUCUCCCAUCCAAGUACUAACCAGGUCUGACCCUGCUUAGCUUCUGAGAUCAGACAAGAUCGGGCGUGUUCAGGGUAGUAUGUAUUGUUUGUUUAAAACAUUGGGUAUUUGCCUUCUGUUCUUAACCCCAAGCGACCGUCAUCCCUAACCCUGUUUGACUGUGAGUGAAGUCACUUUCCUGAUAUAAAAUGGGAGACGGUGCUGCUUUUAGGAGUGGGGAAUCUGGAAUGGUUUGGCUGGCGCAGUGGGUAAGCUGCCUGUUCCCUUUGCUAUGGGAUGUGAUGCUUACCUCUUGGGUCUCUCCUCAGUUCCAGUCCCAACCAUCCACCCUUUGUGCUUAGACUAGAAAGGUUAAAUGUGCAUGCCCCUGUUGUCUUGUUCUCUCUGGGCCUUCUCUCACGCUGCUCCUGGCAUCUGCGGCGGCCUUUACUUUUCUGUCCAGCAGCCAACCAGCCAUGCUCCCUCUCUGCCAGACUCGCUCCUGCACCUUACCUGUCCUCACCGGCAACCUCCCCUCUUUUCACCCCUCCUUGGUCUUUGAUCUCUCCCUCAAUCCCAGCCUUUCACAGUGUUAACUGUCAGUACCCAGGUCUGGGUCAUUCUCUCCUCUGUGUGGAGUUUGGUGCUUAGACGUUUGAAUCAACCUUAACAAAAACACAAUGCCCCAAAGAGAGUAAAGGUGCGCAUAUAAGGCACAAAAUGAAGUGCAACCAAAAUUUAAUACAUGUGCAUUGUAAAGCCAGCAUAAAAACGCUAAUAAAAUUCUACACACAGUAACAAAUCAAUGCCCAUCCUAGGGUGGAUGUAUAAUGUUGGCUUUACAAUACACGUGUAUUAAAGUUUGGUUCCACUUCAUUUUGUGCCUUACAUGCGCACCUUUACUCUCUUUUGGUGCUUAAACCCCUCUUGGCGCUCGAGAGAUCAUUUAGAGGUGCUGGUACAGAUGGCAGGGUGGGUGGAGCUGACACCAUUGGCGUAAGGAGUACUUACCAUGCCUCCAGCACAUCAGAGCUCUUAAAGGUACAGGAACUCAAAGCAGUUAGAAGGUUGUGACCUUGACUCCCCCCAAGCUACCCUUUGGGAUUGUUCAUCUGUGUAACGUGUGAGAGGAAGGAACUCUUAAGAAAUCAAAUAAUGGUUAAACAUUUGGUGUGAGCUAUAGCCCAUCAUCCGUGCAUUGGCUCCUCCUCUUCAGGUCAGUAUACCAGGGUGGGAGUUUCUGGGCUCUUUCAGGCUGACCCUGGGCUCGGUGGCCCUCUGCAGCGUUCUGGUUGGGUCCUCCUGUGGCCUUAGAGAUAUAAGCAGGGGAAUGGGACAGGGAUUCUCUCCACUGAGUGACCUUGGGGCAGGCCCUCCCUCCCAGCGUUUUUGUGAGACUAAACAGUAAAAUAUGAGGGUCAUCUGUGCUGCCCUGACCUCCUGGGAGGAAGGAUGGUAUUUGGUUUUGCAUAAUACUAAGGGGACUGGCAAUUUCUGCCCCCAGGAGCCAAAUAAAUUCCUGGCAUCAUGAGAAGUAAAAAAAGAGAGUGCCACUUAAGCACUCACAUGGACACACACACUUUCUUUGUUCUCCCAUCCUCCUUGGCCCAUGUUUGCACAUAAUACUAAGCCAAGCUUUGGCUAAGUGUGAAUGAGCUAGUGUACGGGUGCUCUCAGCAAAAAAAAGGUGGGUGCUUUGCCUCUCCCCUGGUUCUGCUGCUGCUGUGCUACCUGAGCUAAGCCAUGGUUUGGCUUAGUGUUGCAUCCAAACCUGGGUUCGUGGUUUGCCUUGCUCCAAACAGACCAUGAACUUCAGCCAUGGUUUGUUCUUGGUUUACUGGUCGUGGUUUGUCUGGAGCCUCGCUGUGGCUUAGCUCUGAGUAGCGGAGCAGGAAUGCAGGAGGAACAAGGUGAUGUGACUACUCGCAUGCUCACACCAUGCUUAGCCAUGGCUGGCUUAGCAUUACAUGCAAACCAGGUCUUGUGUCUCACUUGCGCGUCUCUAGCAAAACGGUUGCUGACUUGGAUCUGCAUUUAUUUAUUUAUUAUAUGUGGCAACUCCACAGUGUGUGGUGGGUAGCUCUUGAUGAAAUGUGGGUGGAGCCACAGCCAGCAUGACCCUCCCCCUUUCCCCACAUCAGCCAAUGGGAAUGGGCUGGGCCCCUUGCCAAUUAGUGUACGGCAAAAGCUUUGCAAUUGCCCCUUUUGGAGAGAACAGGGGCUGCUUUUUAUCUGUGAAUCUAUUCUUGUACCCAAGGCCAAAGGACCACUCAUCAUUGUGUUUACAGAGUCAACAUGGUAGCUUCAAAAUAAAACAACUGCACCGCCUCCUAACGUGAAAUGUCACUUUGUGUGAUCCGUGGCCUUCGACACCUGAGAUGUGUGCCUGGGGCACCCUUUCACCUUCAUGCCAUGCUUAUCACUUUCCAGAAGAAUCUGGCUAGCAACUGUUGAAGAUAAUGAUGGACUAGAUCAGCCUUCCUCAACCUGGUACCCUCCAGAUGUUUUGGACUACAACAGCCAUCUGCAUCAUGACACCUCUGCUACAACAUCUGCACUGGCUGACCAUAUGCUAUGAGGCCAGCUUAAAGGUUCUUGUGUUGAUAUACAAAGCCCUGAACAACCUGGAUCCAGGAUACCUUAAGGAGUGAAUGAGCCCUUAUAUCCCAGCUCAAUCACGGAUAUCGUCCAAAGGAGCACUGUUAAUUGCCCCCCAUGUUAUAGACGCCUACCUGGCCUCCGCUGGAAGUGGGGCUUUCAGUGUCACCAGUCUCAGCAGAGAUUCAGCAGGCACCCUCACUUUUGACUUU